AUGUCCGCCCAGGUUCGUCAAGGCUCUCGCAUCAAUGAAGCCACCGACAUGUACGGCGACAUCGCGACGGCCGAAGAAUACGGCUACGUCUCUCGCGGUCUGAAGUCACGGCACAUCCAAUUCAUCGCUCUCGGCGGCACCAUCGGUACUGGCCUGUUCCUCGGUAUCGGCAAAGCCUUUACCCACGCGGGACCUCUUUCUGUCCUCCUCGGCUACACCUUCACUGGUCUCGCCGUCUUCGCGAUGAUGAUGUCUCUAGGCGAGAUGGCGACGUGGCUACCACUCCCCGGCGCAAUCCCUCAGUUCUGCGCGAGGUACGUCGACGACGCCAUGGGUUUCGCCGUGGGUUGGAACAAUUGGUACAACUGCGCCAUCACCUUGUGCGCAGAAAUCUCGGCCGCCUCGACCGUCAUUCAAUACUGGCAUGGAGCACAGGACAUUAACGUGGCGGCGUGGAUCAGCAUCACCAUCGUCUUGGUUCUCCUACUCAACAUCUUCGCCGUCUCGGUAUAUGGCGAGGCCGAAUUCAUCUUCGCCUCGAUCAAGAUCGUCACCAUCAUUGGGCUGUUGAUCCUCGCGCUCAUCAUAGACGUCGGCGGCGUGCCCGGCCAACACCGUCUAGGUUUCCAGUACUGGCACAACCCGGGCGCCAUGAAGCCCUACAUCGCCGGGGGCAACACCGGCCGCUUCUUGGGUCUGUGGUCGACGCUCGUCAACGCCGCCUUUUCGUACGGCGGCGUGGAAAUGGUGGCGGUCGCGGCUGGCGAGGCCGAAGACCCGCGGCGCAACAUCCCCAAAGCGGUCCGCCGCGUCUUCUGGCGUAUCCUGUUCUUCUACGUCCUGGGGACGCUGGCCAUUGGAGUUUUGGUCCCUUACAACGACGACCGGCUCCUGGCGGCCAUCAAGAACGGGUCCGCGGGCGCCGCGGCCUCGCCCUGGGUCAUCGCCAUCGUGCGGGCGCACAUCAAGGCCCUACCGUCCAUCAUCAACGCCGUCAUCCUGACCUCUGCGUCCUCGUCGGCCAACGCGUUUCUGUACACGGGCUCGCGGUACCUGUACGCGCUCGCGCAGAACCGGCAAGCCCCGAGGUUCUUGUUGAGAUGCACCAAGCAGGGCGUGCCCCUGUGGUGCGUCCUCGUCACCUGCUCGUUCGCCCUCUUGACGUACAUGUCGUGCUCUUCCGGCUCGGCCACGGUGUUCCAGUGGUUCCAGAACCUCGUCACCAUCACCACACUCUUCACCUGGGUCAGUAUCAAUGUCGCCUACCUCCGUUUCCACGCCGCCCUGCAGGCGCAGGGCAUCGACCGCGACACCUUGGUGUUCAAAGCCCCCUAUCAGCCCUACCUGAGUUGGGCCGCCUUGGUGUUUUUCGGUCUCAUCAUCCUCUUCAACGGUUUCGACUCCAUCGCCGGCAAGUGGGACUACCAAACCUUCAUCACCGAUUACGUCGGUGUCCCCAUCUACUUUGGGCUCUACCUGUUUUGGAAGAUCCUGAAACGAUCACGUUUCGUCGAUCCCGCCGAGGCCGAUUUACGUACGGGAAAAGCCGCCCUCGACGCCGUCGUCUGGCCCGAGAGACGACCCAGAAAUUGGUUGGAGAGAGUUUGGUUCUGGAUUGCCUAACACGGAGUAUCACUUAACCGUCCUUUGAAUAUGUAUCCAGUGGGUCCACCGUAUCCUAUAUCCUCCCUAAAAUAGAUGCCUCCUCCGUAGAGAAAACCAAAUGGAAAUGACCCACGAGAUGCCGGAGUACAUCGUACACCCAUUGUACCAAGUUGUGCGGAUACGUGGGACCACAGGUACUAUCAUACAUAGCCA